UGUGCUAAAAAUUCAACGAUUACUAUGUAGAUAUGUAAACAAGUGUGCGGAUAGUUUAUACAAGUUUUGGGUUUGAAGGCCACUCUAUCAAUGUUAAACAGCAAGUCAAUGUGCCUGUUGUGAGUAGUUUGGUGAAAGUCAGCGGGGAAGACUCUUCCUAUCAACUUCUCAGUGUCUGUUUCAAACUGGGACCCUUUAUUCUACUUCUUGUGAAUGAUAUUCCCACGUUUUUAUAUUUUUUUUAGUUCUUAGCAUUUAUAGUUUAUUGGGAUUGGCCAGAGUAUUUGAUAAAGUAAACCCCUGAUCUAAUCUUAUUUGAGAAAGUAACCAUCUGUUGAAACCUUAAUAAUAGAUCCAGAGGAGAAGCUAUGGUGAUUUCUGUAGAUGAGAACCCUUCUUCUACUGUAGUGGAGGGAGCUGCAUCAGUUAUUUCUGUUCCCAAUGAAGAAAAUGUCAGGGAUGAAACAGCAUUGCCACUCCUCAGCGAUCUCUGUGUGAAGGUUGUAUUGGCUUACUGUCCAUGCUUCGCGUUCUCCCUACUACCUAGUGACCUUAAGCUCAAGAUACUCCAGUUACUUCCUGGUAUUGAUGUUGCGAGAUUUGGCUGUGUUUCUUCAGAACUGAGAUUUUUGUGUUCCAAUAAUGAUUUGUGGAAACAGAAAAUAGGGGAGGAAUUUACAGAGUCUGAGUACUCACGCUGGGCUUCUAAGAGCAACUGCAGUCGUACGACUAUACCCAAAGAUCAAAGAUAAAAAAACGGGACCAAAUUUGAGUUUAUUCUGUACUGUGACGCUACGGGAUGAAGACCAAAUUUGAUCGAGCGGAUAAUUUAGUUACGUUUGAAGACGGGCGGAUAAUUCAGUUACGUUUGAUUUGUGGGCGGAGAUUUAAAUUACGUUUGAGACAGGCGUAGGUUAAAUUAACGCCUGACGACGGGCGUAAAUAUAAAUUACGUUUCACGUGGGACGGGUUUUUAAAUUACGCCCGUUUGUCAGGCGGAUGAUCAUCUCACCGUGCCAACGCACGUAAAAUAAAAUUACGCCUGGCGAUAACACGUUUCUUUAGCACGUAUACAUACACACGGGCGGAAGCAUUCUAGUACGCCUGAAUGGGGCGGAAGCAUUCUAGUACGCCUGAAUGGGGCGGAAGGACCAUUGUACGCCUGCUAAUGAGGCGUAAAUUUUUUUUACGCCUAUGUGGGACGUAAACGUAAUUUAGAUACGUAUGAUAAAACUAAAGAUCAAAUAGGCGUGAUUUUAAUGUCCGUUUCCAUGAUCAUCUCAGCUGGGUGAAAUAUUUCCUCUCUAAUGCGUCAAUAUGGUUGUGGCUAACUCUUUCCUAUAAUGUGUUCCACCCAUUUUCCUCCAUGUAUAACUAAACGUUUGCAUAGAACAUUUGGUUCUUUCCCUGAUACUAUUUUUUUCUUGCCGAAUACAAACGAAUGAUAUGAAAAUGUGAAAGGAAUUCAUCUGGUAUAUAUAGGUAUAAAAUA